CUCUCUCCCCUUUUCUUCAUGGUUCUACUUUACUUUUGUGCUUAAUCAAAUAUCUAUGUUGUUACCCAGCUAUAAAUGCCCCAAACCUGUUCACUAUAUUUGCUUUUCCUUUACUGUUUAUCUCUCUCUCUCUCUCUCUCUCUCUCUCUCUCUCGCUCUGGUAUCCUCCAUUGCAAACCAAGCUUCCUUUCCAGCUUGCUGAGGUCCCUCUCUCAUUCACACAGAUAAAAUACCUACCAACCAUUUUACCCACCUUUUCUUUUUUGCUCCCUAAAAUCCAUCCCAAAUUUGCAUAUUAAAUCUCUCAUUCUCUCUCUCUCUCUCUCUCUCUCUCUCUCUUCUCUCUCUCUCUCUCUCUUCUCUCUCUCUCUACAUUUUCCUUUCAAAGAUUAGAUUUUUGUCUGGCUUUACCUCUAUUUUUAUUUUUUUAUUUUUUCAUUCUCUGAAUUCUUUUUGGCCCACUAGAGGCCACAAACCCCUACUUGUAAACUACUCCUCUGCAAGUCUGCCUUUUUGGGCAUCUGAGUUUUGGUGAGUUUCUGUUAUUUCAGGUCUACAUUGGCCUAUCUAUGCUUAUUGAGUCUCUACUGGUCCAAAAAGAAGCCCUUGCUUUGCUUCUCUGGGUUCUUAAGGAAGAAGAUCAGGGGGGUUAGUUUAGAUCAAUACAAAGGUGGGGAAUGUCUUAAGAUUUUUGAGACUGGAAGAUAGAGCUUUGAGUCCAAGUUGAGUUUGCGGUAUCUAGAGAAUCGAAAAUGUCAUCGGGUGGUUCUUUGAAUGCAGAAUUAUCAAAGAAGACAUCAUUUUUGGGUUUAAAAUUAUGGGUUUUAAUCUGUCUAUGUGUUGGUGCAUUUAUUGUUUUGAUACUUUGUUUCCUAUCUAUAUGGGUCACAUUCCGGAGGAAAUCUAGGAGAUCUCUAGAUAAGUUCUCUAUCACCCAAAUCCCAAAUGUCUCAAAAGAUAUUAAGGUUGACAAGGUUGGAGCUCAGAGUACCCAUGAUCACCCUGAGAGUUUAUUUCUGACAGUAAAUGAUAAAUCAACUGAUAAGAAUUCGGAGAAGAUGUUAGUUCAUUUGGGCACAAGCAAAUCAAGUGAUCCCGAUAAUGCCAGUCAGUGCAGCUCAGUUUAUCAUCAUGAGAGAGCAUGUAGUUCACAAUCAUGGGAAGAAGGUAGCUCUGGGACUGUUCGGAAACAGUCUUCGAUGUCACAUGGGGGACUUUUGACAGCCUCUCCUUUAGUGGGUUUGCCAGAGGGUUCACAUCUUGGAUGGGGGCACUGGUUUACUCUUAGGGAUCUGGAAUUUGCUACAAACCGUUUCUCUGCAGAGAAUGUGCUUGGUGAGGGUGGAUAUGGGGUUGUUUACAAAGGCAGACUGAUCAAUGGAACUGAGGUUGCGGUGAAAAAACUUCUUAAUAAUCUGGGACAGGCAGAGAAAGAAUUUAGAGUUGAAGUGGAGGCCAUAGGCCAUGUUCGGCAUAAAAAUCUUGUGCGUCUCCUCGGUUAUUGCAUAGAAGGGGUUCAUAGGAUGUUGGUGUAUGAAUAUGUGAACAAUGGAAACCUAGAACAGUGGCUACAUGGGGCUAUGCGCCAUCAUGGUACCCUUACUUGGGAAGCUCGCAUGAAGGUGAUACUUGGUACUGCAAAGGCGCUUGCUUAUUUACAUGAAGCCAUAGAACCCAAGGUUGUUCACAGAGACAUAAAAUCAAGCAACAUUUUGAUUGACGAUGAGUUUAAUGCCAAGGUCUCAGAUUUUGGGUUGGCCAAACUCUUGGGUUCAGGAGAGAGUCACAUCACAACAAGGGUAAUGGGAACAUUUGGUUAUGUGGCACCGGAAUAUGCUAAUACUGGCUUGUUGAAUGAGAAAAGUGACAUUUACAGCUUUGGUGUCCUCCUGCUUGAAGCAGUUACUGGAAGGGACCCUGUGGACUACGGGCGCCCUGCUAAUGAGGUUAAUCUUGUUGAGUGGCUAAAGGUUAUGGUAGGUACAAGAAGAGCUGAGGAGGUUGUGGACCCAAACCUUGAAGUUAAACCCAGUACACGUGCUUUAAAGCGUGCCCUUCUGGUUGCACUUAGGUGUGUUGAUACUGAUGCAGAUAAGAGACCCAGAAUGACUCAGGUUGUACGAAUGCUAGAAGCUGACGAAUACCCAUUUCGCGAGGAUCGAAGAAACAGAAGAAGCCGAACAACCAGCAUGGAAAUCGACUCCAUAAAGGACAUUUCUGGUUCAGCUGAAACAGAAAACAAGGUAGAGGAUCCAGAGAGCCAAAUAUCUGAAGCAACUCAUGGAUAGGACUGACAAAGCACAUGAUUUGGAUGAGUAAUUGCCUUCUCAUCUGCCGAAGUAAAAGAUUUUAGUAACCCCAUCAAUACAUAAUACAUUUCAAAGUUUUUUGGUUUUUUGGGAAAAAAAAAAAAAAAAAAAAAAGGUCUUCAAUUUAAGAGAUCUGUAUUGGAGAUAACCCAUUGGAUCAUGAAAGCAUUGCUGUUGUUUCAGUUGUUCUGCCUUCUCAGGCAUAUGGUUUUUCCAAAAUGAUGGUGUCCCAAGUGCCAACCCCAUAAACUGGGUAUUUUGGGUGGGUGAGAGAGUGAGAGACAGAGAAGAUGGAGCAUUACAGAGAGAGAGAGAGAGAGAGAGAGAGGCUCUUGUACAGGUUGUCUUGGGACCAAUGGGCUGUCUUUUUCUAUACAUGAUUGUAUUUUUUCUUUAUGUUUCUUUUUUGAAUUUUCAUUUGAUUACUGUUCUUGGGUGGUGGUUAAGAGUCUUGAUUUCACUUUUCUUUUCCUUUUUUUGGGGGUUUUAAUUUAUUUUAUUUUUCUUUUAGAAAUGAAAGCUUAUGGAGUCAAAAUGAUGGUAGUUUCCUUUU